UAGACAAGUCACGUGACGCGGUAUCAGGGCGUCUGCAGGCUGGAAGUUCAGCUCAGUGUUGCUCGGACACGGAUCACAGACUGACUUCAGCAUGGAUUUCAUGACAGAUCGUGAUGUGCAAAAGUACUUAGAGGACGGGUAUGUGGUUCUGGACGGGCUGCUGACCUCUCAGGAGUGUGAUGAACUGAGACAGAGGAUGACGGAGAUUGUGGACCAGAUGGACGUCCCGCAGCACUGCCGCAUCACCUUCUCUACCUAUCAUGAAGAACAGCUCCAAAAACAGAUGCAGGGAAAUGCUGACUAUUUUAUCACCAGUGGUGAUAAGAUACGUUUUUUCUUUGAAAAAGGAGUUUUUGAUGACAAAGGGGAGUUCAUCGUACCAAAACAGCAGUCACUGAACAAAGUUGGUCAUGCGCUACAUGCCUAUGAGCCGUUUUUCAAAAAGGUUACACAUUCACCCAAAGUUCAGGGCAUAUCUAUGAAGCUGGGCCUCAUAAGUCCUGUCAUACUCCAAAGCAUGUACAUUUUCAAGCAACCGGGCAUUGGUGGGGAAGUGACACCUCAUCAAGAUGCCACAUUUCUGUACACGGAGCCUCUGGGCAGAGUUACAGGGAUGUGGAUUGCUCUGGAAGAUGCCACUGUGAACAAUGGCUGUCUGUGGUUUAUCCCGGGCUCACAACACAGUGGUAUUUCUCGCCGUAUGGUGCGGACUCCAGAGGGCACGUUUCCCCUCACAGACUUCACUGGAAGAGAGAAGGUGUACGACGAUGAGAAGUUCAUAGCAGCGCCGGUUAAAAAAGGUGGCGUGGUCCUGAUCCACGGCGAGGUGGUGCAUCGAAGUGCUGAAAACAAAUCGGAUGACUCUCGCCAUGUCUAUACAUUCCACCUCAUGGAAUCCCAGGACACCCAGUGGAGCCCUGACAACUGGUUGCAGCCGACGGAUGAGCUUCCUUUCCCAUCUCUCUACACUAAGUGAAGGACUGACAAUCACAAGACCCUGUGUUUCCUGAAGGACCAAUCAUUUUGUAUGGACCGUUUUAACCAUAGCAAAUGACUUUCUUAUCUUAAAUGUUCUUGCUAAAUGUAGACUAAUUGGUAUGGAGUAUGAAAUUUAUUAUAAUUUUUACUUUUUGACCAACAUUUCCUUGGACACUUAAUACAACUGAUACUUUUAUUCAGUCUCCUCAUCAACAUUGUCACCAACCAGCAUAAUUCUUGUUCAAAACAAGAUGGCAGAUCCCUAUGUCUGUAAAAAAAAAAACAUAAUGUUUUUUUUUUUUACAGACAAACAGUGAGCAUUUCUAUUUUCAAGUUUGAUUUUAAGACAUAGCAUUAAUGGAGAGGAAAUCAACUCAAAAGUAUAAAGGUUUUUACACCGCAGCAUUCAAAAUCAUUUUGUUGACUUUGAAAUCAAAUCUUCUCGGUCCACAAAUGAGCAUUAAAACAAACAGUCGGAGGGAUAUCAGUUUUAUCCUUCUCUUCAGGUGCACUCAACAUGCAGUAUUACAUUUUUAAAAAUGCAAGGAUGAUGUCAAAAACAACAUGUGUAGAGAAUCAUGCAAAUAAAUAAGUCAUCACAACAUUAAAAACACCAGGGAACUUC